AAAGAGACUUCUAUAAAUAAAACUCCCCUCUCCGUUAUCCCUCUCUCGUCAAUCCGCUUUCCAGCCACAAUUAGGCAUCCUCUUUUAACUGAGAACAGAGGGUAAAGAGGAAAAGAAAAUCGUAAAGAGAGAGGAGAAAACACAUGGGCAUCGAAGCAGAAAACAACAGCAAUCGUGCAUCAACGACAACGCUGGUAUUCACGUAUGGAACUUUGAAGAGAGGCUUUUCCAACCAUGUCUUGAUGCAGGAUCUGAUCAAAACCGGGGAUGCUGUCUUCAAUGGAAUCUACAGAACCGUUGACAACUACCCGCUUGUCUGUGGGCCAUACAGGGUCCCAUUCCUUCUCAACCUUCCAGACGCCACCGGGUCUCACCGGGUCACCGGCGAGUUAUACGCUGUGUCGAGUCAGGGGCUGUCCAGGCUCGAUGAAUUGGAGGGAACUGGUAGGGAUCACUACGAGAGGCUGCCGAUAAGGGUAGAGCCCAUUGACGGAGGGGACGCCGUGUUUGGGGUGGAGGCGUAUUACGGGCACAGGAGCUAUGCGAUGGAGAUGUGGAAGAGGAGUGGGAAGAGAGGUUAUGGAGUGUAUGGAGAGAAAGAGGCAAAAGGGUAUGUGAAGAGGAAAGACAGGCCACAGAAUCUGAGUUUUUUGGAGCAGAUUAAUGUUUUUGUGUCUUCUUGCAGUGAUAAUUAAUUUGGAUUUCAUGGACUCGGUGUAACUGGUUUGUGAUUUGGGGUUUUAUUAAUUAUGUUUUAAUGAUGGUGUAAAACAAAAUAGGCAGUGAGUCAUAGGUUGAUUGGAUGAUCUUACUUCUGUGUCCAAAAACACAACUUGCAGUUUCUGUUCUUCAUCUGAGUGGAUGAGGAAAGGUUUGUUCUUUUCUUCA